UCCUUUCUCCGAGCCUCUGUCGACUGUGUGGCCCGCGUGUUUACACACUCCCAGAUGAAGGAGUCGAUAAUGAACCAGGAGAAGCUUUCCAAACUGCAGGCGCAGGUCCGCAUAGGCGGCAAGGGGUCAGCCCGCAGAAAGAAGAAGGUGGUGCACAGAACAGCUACAGCAGAUGACAAGAAGCUGCAGUUCUCCCUCAAGAAACUGGGAGUCAACAACAUCUCUGGCAUUGAGGAGGUAAACAUGUUCACAAACCAGGGGACGGUGAUCCACUUCAAUAAUCCUAAGGUUCAGGCCUCCUUGGCUGCCAACACCUUUACAAUCACAGGGCACGCUGAGAACAAGCAGCUCACAGAGAUGCUCCCAGGAAUCCUAAACCAGCUGGGAGCCGACAGUCUUACCAGCCUCAGGAGAUUAGCAGAGACUUUGCCCAAACCAGCUGGAGACAGCAAGGUCCCCAUGGUUGCUGCUGAAGAGGAGGAUGAUGAAGUUCCAGAUCUUGUUGAAAACUUUGACGAAGCUUCAAAGAACGAGGCAAACUAACCAAUGCUCCUCUUGAAUGGCCGUACUUUGACACAGCAGCAUUUUGUAAUUAUACAUCUGUUAUUGCUCUGUGGCUACACACAAAAAUUGCUUUUUAAUUGUGACCUUGACAAUUGGACUAAGACAAGUAAAAUUGACUUUUUAUGGCAAGUGCUACCCACCCUUUUGUCUGAUUUGCCUCGUUCUGCAGUACAAGUGAAACUAUUUAAUUCAGUGGAAUGUGCAAACCUUCAUCUUUCUCACACUGUCUCUCCUGCAUUGUGAUGCCCACACAUCAAAAAUGUAUUGAUGGAAUGAAUCAUGUAAUAAAGAUUACAUUUAAAUUUCUCAA